UAAUGUUUUGUAAAUGUAGAAAAUGAUUCGAGAAAUCCACCAAAGCAACUGAGAAAAACUGUAAUCUGGCAGAAGAGCCUCAUCCGAACGGAAUUUAUUGAGUAUGACUGUAUAUGUAACACAGGCAUAAUCUACUGAUUAGAAAAGGGAAUUCCACAUGAUAUAUAUUCUGUGAAUCUAUUGGUCAAAAACACGUGUUCAUGAGGCCCGUAAUACGACGUCAGCCCAGAAUCCUGCAGCCAAUCAGAAAUCAGACCCAAAAUUGUUUAGUGGAAGUAUUUGAGCGGCAUUUUCAUCAAGAGGAUUUAGUGCUUCAGGAAGCUUCUCUAACUGAGCUGGAGCAGUCUGCAGCUUUCACACUUUGGUUCGUUUGUUUUAAUGUAACAGGUAGUUUGUGCUGCAGUGGAGUGAAGGAGUGAGAGCAGAGAGGAGAGGGAUGCUCUCAUCACAAAGAAAGCAUGAUUGUUCUGGGCCGAAAUUCACAGGCGCGUUUUCAGAACUGAACACUUUUACCUCAGAUGCAAACACACUGCCUGCUUUUUUUAUCGAAUUUUUAUUUUUCAUUCUUUCUAACGGCAUCAGCUAAUUGCUCAAAGGAAGACAGAGACUAAUCAGAAACUUGGAUCUCUUUCUUUGGAGCUUCAGCUCAUCAUCAUUAUGGAGGAAAAUGUUCAAGGAGAACGUCAGCGUCCAAAGAGGUCUGGAGAGGAGCCCAACCGGGCCAUUCUGCCUCUGCUGCAGCAGCCCGGGAUUCAGCAGUCCAACCGGGUCACCAACUUCUACAUAGACAACAUCCUAAGGCCGGACUUUGGCCGAAAGAGAAAGAAAAGCACAUUAUGUGUUCGGGGAGGAGACGGGCUGGAGGAGAGGAGCGAGGUGUCAGGGAGAAAAGCUUCCAAAACGGACUCAAAGCGCGGCAGGACAGGAGGAAGGGAGGACAGCCUGGGGAAGUCCGACCACCAGCAUGCGGAGACUGAGGCGAGUGGUCCCGGGCUGACAGCCUGCGACUCAGGCCGAGGGGUCUCCUGCCGCAGCCCCGAGAGCAGCGAGGCCCCGGCGGCUCCUGCGGGCCCAGCAGCCAAGCCGAUGCUGUGGCCGGCCUGGGUUUAUUGUACCAGGUACUCCGACCGGCCUUCAUCAGGGCCCAGAUCCCGCAAACCAAAGAAAGCCCCGACCCCGAGCAAGGAGGACAAGCGGCCCCGGACGGCCUUCAGUGCCGAGCAGCUGCAGCGGCUGAAAGCGGAGUUCCAGAAGAACCGCUACCUCACCGAGCAGCGGAGGCAGAACCUGGCCCUGGAGCUCAGCCUCAACGAGUCUCAGAUCAAAAUCUGGUUCCAGAACAAGCGGGCCAAGAUUAAAAAGGCCACCGGGAAGAAGAACUCUCUGGCGGAGCACCUGAUGGCGCAGGGGCUGUACAACCACUCCGCCGGCCGAGAGGCGGAGGCCCGCUCCGACAGCGACUGAAGCCAUCACACCACCAGCAUCCUGAGGCUCUGCACCGCCGCCGUCUGACACCUCACAGUUCUGCGCGCUGGACUGUUUAAAGCGCGCGUUGACAUGGCUGCACGCCGCGCGUGGCAAACUGCGAUACAGCCGGAAGCAGCCUCAUUCAAAUCUUUUGAAAUAUUUUAGAUGUAGAGUUCUUUCGUCUUGCAGGCUCAGCUCGGAGCGCUCGGAGCGGCUCGGAGCGCUCCAGGCCGGCCGGAACCACCGGCUGACAGCGUGGCUGCUGGAACCCAAAGACAGCUCAGCGGCUUCAGCCGCUUCAUGGUAGGCCUUCUGUUUGUCCAGCUGUUCUGUUGCUACAUUUUCCUUUGUGAGUCAAUGCUCCGCUAUGUUUCAUUUUAGAGCUGACCUGGCAGCAGGCACCUGCAGAGCUGCUAGUUUUCUAGGAUUUCAAUCAUUUAUGGACCUGACCGGAAAUGCCUUUGGAUCUGUGGUUCCAGUGCUGCCUUAUCGCAGUUCCCCAAUUUCCCAGCAAACUAUCGGUGUCAAUAAGUGGGAUCAUGCGCUCUUAUUUAUAUCCAACACAGCCAGAAUCCAGAGCAAAGAGCUCUGACAUGUUUACAUAAUUUAUUUUUCUACACAAACCUGUCUUUGAAUGCAAUGUUUGGCGGAUCAGAUGAAUAUGAAUCCAAACCAAAUGUAAGCCUUAAAAUGCAGUCAACAUUUUUGUUUCCUUAAAUUGCUUCUGUUUCGUAAUGAUUUUAUGUUUUCAGUUGUUUUUGUCCUUUUCUGAUAAAAUUCUCCUUUUUAGACAACAUGUAAAUAAUUUAUGUCAUCAUGAUGUGUAAAUAAACAAUGCAGAUCUGACUUUUUAGAUAUUUUAUUUUAUGCCCAAAUACAGAACACAUUUUAUGAAAAUAAGCAACUUAUCAGACUUUACAAACAGUUUUAGCUUGAAUUAUAAAUGCACAGAAAGUGGCAGAUGGAAACAACUCAAUCUAUAUGUACAUUUGCAUUUCCUUUGUUUAAGGUGCUCAUUUAAAAUCCAGUGAUUGAAUGAUUUGCUUAUUCACUACAUAUAAGCAUUCAGUUCAUACAAUUUCUUACAAGAAGAAUAAAAGCUUAAAUUGAUGUUUUUACUCUGAACAUGAAUAUUUUCCAUAAGUGGUAAAAUAUUGAGUAAAAAGCUCCAAGCAUAAAAGUCUUCACAGGUCAAAUGAAACAUAUACUUGCUGCUGUUUCAAAAAUGAAGAUUAGAGAAUAAAAACAAUCCUAUAAAAUUUGCAGAUAUUAGCUAUUAAAUAAGCAUCAUAGAAACAAAGGCAUGUAAGUAGAAUGUAUGAGCAGGAACCGAUUCAGAAGAAUAAGGGUUCCUCGACUGGAGUCAGUUUUGGUGCUCUAUCCAGAGAAAAAAACAAAGACAGGAAAUAUUUUACUUGUGCAAAUUACAGUAAUAAGCAGGUCAGUAGAAUCGAUCAAAACCAUCAGGCAGAUUGCUCCAUGUGCUGUAACUCCAUAAUUUUUGAAUAUUUGAGUGUUUGAAUGAAUAAAAAUCCAAGAACACUAAAAAACAUGUGUUUAUUAUGAGUUUAUUAUGAGGUGAAUUUUUUGUAAAACAUCCACAAUACAAAAAAUAAUAGGUUUUGGGGCCCCCAAACCUUGCAGCCCUGUGCUACUGCCGCUAUGAGUCCUUUCUUAAAUCUGGCCCAUAAGACAUCAUGGAGCUUCACAGUGGUCAAAUUCAGCUGACAAAAAUUCUUCAGUAAAUCAUCCAAAUGUGUGGUAGAUCCCAAACAAUCAGGUAAAUAACAGCAGAGUUUCUUCAAAUAAGUGUGCAUCCAUACAGGUCAUGAGGACACAUAUCAAUUGCUGGUUCAAAUUAUCCAUUUACCUGACAUAUCUAACUUAUGAUAUAGAAAAUAACACAACAAAAUGUAUAUCAACAACAAUUCUUGGGUAUAUCAGAUUUUUUUUUCCUGUUUUUUGAGGCAGUCAUCUCGGCUCGGUUGAAUUAGAAAAAAUAUUUGCAAACUGAAACAAUCCUGAAGAUGAAUCAGAUGACAUGUUUGGUUGAAGUUAAACAAAAACAACAUGUCCUCUUUUCUAAGCCAGAUCCAGCAGCCAAAUUAUUCCUAAGGAGUCACUGAAAACGCCUAACUUCACUCGUCUCUUCACUUCUGGGUGACAUCUGCUUGCCAGAGGAGGGGAGCAGUGGAAACAAGAGACAUGGACAGAAAUAUGAAGACCAGAGGAAGAUCCACUGUGUUUUCUAUUGGCAAUGAAAGCAGCAGUGGCCAGUGGGCUGAAUGACUGCAGAGGCCCUCAUCUGCAUUUCCUUUCUUAGCUAGCUUGUAUGUGGAAGUAAUGCUCAACGGUCGCUGACUUGAAGAACUCAGCUGCUCUUGACUUGGGAGAAAAGGCUGGGAGCCGAGUUUACAUGCACUGUCGUGCUGACAGCCGAAGGGUUGGUGGUGCUGGGUAUACUGGGUAUGCUGGAGUAUGUUGGUUGCAUGUUGGGGUAUGUUGAGGCAUGUUGGGGU